AUGGCUGAUCCAAACUCGGCCGUGCCGAGGCUCCAACUUCAGCCCCCAGCCGUUGACUUCAUGGACAAUCGCUUGCCACAGCACCACCAAAUGUUUUUGAAUCCGCCUACUUACUAUGAUCCCUCGUCGGGUAAUUAUGUACCGAGCAGCCAGGCGUUAGUGCCGCGUCCAAACAACAGCGCGCUGGCACCUCCAGGGGCCCAUUCUAUGACUCCGCCAACAGCCCUGCCAGCGCUGAUGAGUGACGACUCGUUCCCUUCCAGGCCGGCUUGGACAGAUACCAAGGCCAUGAAGUUUUGGAACGGCAUAUUUCCUGAGGCGUUAGAAAAAUUCAAGACGACGACAGAACCCAAAGGUCGGUCCAAAACUGACUUCAGUAUCCGCAAUGAGGACGACUGGGACGCCAUCUACGACAAACUAGAAAAGGCCCGGGCCAAGUAUCAGAACGAAGGAGGAAAGGUUGGAUGGCUUCGAAAAGUACGGCGGAAGGCCGCAGACCACGUCACCCCAGUGGCGGAAUCAGCAAAAAACAUCGGAAAGCUUGUCCCAGAUAGCCCGUAUUCGACUCCCGUCGCAGGAGCUGUACAACUUCUCCUAGAUGCUGUCAACACUGCGGCAAGUGUGCGCGGCCAGGCGCUCCAGGGCUUUGAUGGUUUAAUCCCAAUAUUCUCUGACGUGGAGGUGUUCCUGGGGACGUUUCCCAAGGAUGUGGGUAUCCAGAACGCCUCUGUAGAAUUGCUGGUCACAACACUGGACGCUAUUGAACGAGCUAUUGGAUUCUUCAUCAGCAAUGAGGUGCUGAGGAGUCUUAAAGCUGUGAGUAUGGGAACUGUCUAUGAGUCUAAACUAGUUGGGAGCUUGGGAGCAAUCGACCAAAAGAGCAAGAGCCUCAUGGAAGAAGCCACAAAGUCACACAUAUUCGAGUUCCACAUGUACUCACAGGAGACGCGGAAAUUUGCGCAAGAGAUGCUCAAUCAACAGCAGAAGCUAGGAAAUCAACAACAGAAGCUAAGCACCGACUUUACCAACAUGAUGGAUUUGUUGACAGACCAUGUUCAAGAAAGAGAUCGACAGUUCGCAAUAGAAAGGGAAAGACACCGACAAGAAAUCAAAACUGCUCAACAAGAGAUUGUCUUCCUCCAGAUUGAGAACGGCCGGCUGCGCAGUGUAUCGCCUACACCUCAAAGCAUGUGGCCUGCACCGCCACCUCAACACCUUCCUGCGCUGGAAUGGCACGUCGAUCAACGAAUGCUGCGACAGAUGAUCAAUAGCGGCGACAUUGACUUCGCAGACGCUGCGUUUGCCUUAGACAAGAAGGAGCAACUCCCAGCCCGGGAACGAAGUCAGGCCGAGCAGAUCGCCAAUGCGCAGCUGUUCAAGACGUGGAUCACGUCGACCUCCUCGGCCAAGCUCCUGGUGCACUGGGACCGGACGCCGCCCCGAACAAUCGCCAAUAUUUCGCCUCUGUCAAUCUUCUGCGUCUCGAUGUCACAGAUGGUGCAAGCUCACGGCCGCUUUGUUACAGCAAUGUGGCUCUGCGGGCGGCAUAUCGAUCCAACCGAGAGCGCUGUCGGUGGCCGCUCGAUGCUUGCGAGUCUGACCGAUCAACUGCUACGCCAGCACGCCUUCGACACACGCUCGCUCGCGGCAGAUGGCUUCGACUUUGAACGUUUGCGGCUUGGCAACCUUGAGGAGUUGGUUCGACUACUGGAAUGGCUGGUGCGAAGACUACCUGGAACAAUUACAUUUGUGUGCCUCAUUGAUGGCGUCAUCCUUUACGAGCGCGAGGAAAUGGAGGCAUUGGAUUCCUUGGCAUGCCUGAUCAGACUGGCUACAGAUCAUAACAUCCGUGCCGCCGUCAAAUUGCUCUUUACGAGCACGCCCGGGACUGACAUCGUUAGAGGCGCGUUUGAGGAAGAAGACUUGAUCAUGAACGUGGAUACACUACCGAAGUUCGUGUGGGCGCCAAGCGACGAGCGUGUAGUGAGAGAGCUAGGGAGGGACCUGAGUGGAGUCUGA